AUGGGUAGGCUGGAGGGACCCACCAUGGCGCUCUCCCUCCUGGCCAUAUUCUGUCUGUCGUCUGGGGGGGCCAGCGUCCUACUGCCUCAGCCCAGGGUCUUCCUUUCUUUUGAAGACCUCGAAUCAUCAGAGUCCUUUGAACACUACAGUAUUUCAGACAAAGCAAUGGACUACAGGAUCCUGCAUAUGGACGAGGACCAGGACCGCAUGUACGUGGGCUGCAAAGACCAUGUUCUGUCAAUGGACAUUAAUAAUAUCACCAGCGGAACACUCAAGGUAUUUUGGCCAGCAUCGAACAGUAAAAUAGAAGAAUGCCAAAUGGCCGGAAAAGACCCGACGCACGGCUGUGGUAACUUCAUCCGCGUGGUGCAGCCUUAUAACCGGACUCAUAUGUUUAUGUGCGGCAGCGGAGCCUAUAGUCCAGUCUGUGUCUACAUCAACAGGGGGCGACGACCAGAGGAACAAGUAUUUCUAAUCGACUCCAAGAGUGAAUCUGGAAAAGGGAGGUGCUCCUUCAACCCUCAAGUCAACACAGUGUCCGUCAUGCUCAACAGGGAGCUGUUCUCUGGCAUGUACAUUGACUUCAUGGGGACAGACGCAGCCAUCUUUAGGAGCCUCACCAGCAGAAAUGCAGUGCGGACAGACCAACAUAACUCCAAGUGGCUCAGUGAGCCAAUCUUCAUCGACGCUCACCUGAUACCAGAUGGGACAGACUCGAAUGAUGCUAAGCUGUAUUUCUUCAUAAGAGAGAGACUUACAGACAACAGCGGCAUCACAAAGAGUAUCCACACUAUGGUGGCCCGAGUGUGCCCUAACGACAUCGGCGGCCAGCGGAGUUUGGUGAACAAAUGGACCACGUUCCUCAAAGCUCGGAUGGUGUGUUCUGUUUUUGAGGAGGACGGCACCGAGACACACUUUGAUGAACUGGAAAGUGUGUUUUUGCUGGAAACAGAUCAACCCAAAGGUCUUCUGGUUUUCGGAGUCUUCACGUCGACGAGCUCCGUGUUUAAAGGGUCGGCGGUGUGUAUGUACAACAUGGCGGACAUCCUCACUGUAUUCAAUGGGCCCUUCGCUCACAGAGAUGGACCCAACUUUCAGUGGGUGGCCUUCCAGGGACGCAUUCCCUAUCCCAGGCCGGGAACUUGUCCAGGAGGAGCAUUCACCCCGGACAUCCACACCACCAAAGACUUUCCAGAUGAUGUGGUGACCUUUGUGCGUAACCACCCAGUUAUGUUCAACUCCAUCUACCCCGUGGGAAGGCGCCCCCUAGUGGUGCGCACCGGAGCUGACUACAAGUACACCUCAGUCGUGGUGGAUCAGGUCGCAGCAGCCGACGGAAACUAUCAAGUGUUAUUCCUGGGCACAGACAAAGGCACGGUCCAAAAGGUCAUCGUCCUGCCCACUAACCAGUCCAUGCAUGAAGACCUGAUCCUGGAGGAGCUGGAAGUAUUUAAGAACCAAGGUCCAGUGACACACUUGAGAAUCUCCCCUAAAAAACAACAGCUCUACGUCAGCUCUGAGUUUGGAGUCUCUCAGGUUUCACUGCACAGAUGUGGGGCGUACGGAGAGGCCUGUGCGGACUGCUGCCUGGCCCGGGACCCGUACUGCGCCUGGGACGGCCUGAGCUGCUCUCGCUUCUACCCCACGGGGAAAAGGAGAAGCAGAAGACAGGAUAUCAUCCACGGGAAUCCACUGACUCAAUGCCGAGGAUUCAAUCUGAAAGCCUACAGAAAUGCAGCAGAGAUGAUGCAGUACGGUGUGAAAAACAACACCACCUUUCUGGAGUGCAUCCCCAAGUCUCCUCAGGCCUCCAUCCGCUGGCUCAUACAGAGGGACAACGACAGAAGGAAAGAGGUGAAGUUGAGUGAGCGUGUGGUGUCCACGGAGCAUGGCCUCCUGAUCCGCUCAGUGCAGCUGUCUGACCAGGGCCUGUAUUACUGCCUCACCACAGAGAACAACUUCAAACGCACCGUGGCUAAGAUCCGCCUCCGCGUGCUCAGUGAAGCCAUGGUGAGUUUGCUGACCGACAAGCAGCAGUCUCCCUGGGCCUGGACCAGCUCUCUGCACCCCAAGGUGCUGCUGUCAGCCUUCAGCCCAGCGGAGAGCAUGGCAGUGCAGCAGUUCUGUAAGGAGAGGAGAGAACAGCAGCAGCUGCAGCAGAAGCAGCAGCCCCCACACCCCGGGCCACUGAGGGGCGACAUGGCCAAACUCAAGCCUCUACUGGAUCGGAGGAAGAGCCGCAACCGAAGAUUUGACUUAUCAGAAGACUGA